CAGUGUUGACCAGGUAUAUCUAUGUUAGGCACUCCGACUAGUUCAUUUACUUCAAUUGCAAAUUCCCCAAAUAAUUUAUAUGCUCUUCAAUCUCUUUUAUCGAGUGUUGAUUUACAUCAAGCAAACAGGCGUGAUUGACGAGAAUGAGUAAUCUACAUUGGAGCAACAGAAAAUGCACCACGCGUCCUUCUCGAAAUUUCGUUGCUGCGCAAGUCGCACCCCGCAUCCUGGAAGUGGGGUUUAAUUAAAUGUCGAACCACUUUCAAUAUCUUACUCAGUCAUUUUUUUAUUCCUAAUCGUAAUUCAAUUGAUACAAUGACUACAAACCCAUCGUUGGUAUUGAACAAAGUGGACGAUAUUUCGUUCGAAAACUACCAGAUCCCUAGAAUCACUGAGCCUAAUGAAGUAUUAGUCCAGGUAAAGAAGACGGGAAUCUGCGGCUCUGAUAUUCACUACUACGCACAUGGAAAAAUCGGAGACUUCGUUUUGACAAAGCCAAUGGUCUUAGGCCAUGAAUCCUCGGGAAUUGUUGUUGAGGUGGGUGAUGCUGUAUCCCAUUUGAAAGCUGGGGACAAGGUUGCCAUUGAGCCUGGAGUGCCUUCUCGUUUUAGCGAUGAGUACAAGAGCGGUCACUAUAACUUAUGCCCGCAUAUGAAAUUUGCUGCUACCCCCAACUCGAAAGAGGGUGAACCAAACCCUCCGGGCACUUUGUGCAAGUAUUAUAAGUCGCCCGCAGACUUCUUGGUUAAAUUGCCUGAUCACGUGUCGCUCGAAUUGGGAGCAAUGGUCGAGCCAUUGACCGUGGGUGUGCAUGCUUCUCGGUUGGGUAAGAUCACUUUUGGUGAUCAUGUGGUUGUAUUUGGCGCUGGUCCAGUUGGAAUUCUUGCAGCCGCUGUUGCAAGAAAAUUUGGCGCCGCCUCCGUCACCGUUGUUGAUAUCUUCGACAACAAAUUAAAGCUAGCGAAGGACAUGGGUGCUGCCACCCAUGUCUUUAACUCGAGGACUUCCGACUCUUUGGGGGAUAAUUUGCCCGCAGGUGUGAAUCCAGAUGUUGUUUUGGAGUGUACCGGAGCUGAAGUUUGUAUCCAGCAAGGUGUUUUGGCUUUAAAAGCGGGUGGUCGCUUUGUGCAAGUGGGCAAUGCCGGUUCAUAUGUCAAGUUCCCAAUUACUGAGCUUGUGACCAAAGAGUUGAUUCUUUUUGGGUCCUUCCGGUAUGGAUACAAUGACUACAAGACCUCUGUGGAUAUCUUGGAUGAAAAUUACAAAAACGGAAAAGACAAUGCAAUGAUAGACUUCGAGGCUUUGAUUACUCACCGGUUCUCAUUCGACGAUGCCAUCAAGGCAUACGACAAAGUGCGUUCUGGUGACGGCGCUGCAAAAUGUAUCAUUGAUGGGCCAGAAUAAGGAGGUUUAUAAGUCUCUAAAAUGUGUCUUAUAGAU